AUGGCUGGUGGUGCUGGCUUUGGUCCUGCAAAGUUUGCCAAGUUUGAUUAUAAAGAUCCUUUUAAUCUCGAAUCCUUGCUAACAGAGGAGGAAAAACUCGUUCGUGAUACUGCUCGUCAGUACUGUCAGUCCAAGCUGCAACCCCGUAUCAUUGACGCAUAUCGUAAUGAAGACUUUGCUCGUGAAAUCAUGAGCGAGAUGGGUGAACUUGGCUUGCUCGGUGCUACCAUUGACGGUUACGGAUGUUCCGGUGUUUCGUCUGUUGCUUACGGCUUGAUUGCUCGUGAAGUUGAGCGUGUUGACAGUGGAUACCGUAGCGCUAUGAGUGUGCAGUCUUCUCUUGUUAUGUAUCCUAUCUAUGCUUAUGGUACCGAGAAGCAGCGUGAAAAGUACCUUCCUGAUCUUGCAACUGGAAAAAAGAUUGGUGCAUUUGGUCUUACCGAGCCUAAUCAUGGUUCUGAUCCUGGCGGUAUGGAAACUCGCGCUACAAAGCUUGGCGGGACAUAUGUUUUGAACGGUUCAAAAACAUGGAUUUCCAACUCUCCUAUUGCAGAUGUCUUUGUCGUAUGGGCCAAGACUGACGAUAAUGAAAUUCGUGGAUUCAUUCUUGAGCGUGGUAUGCCAGGGCUUGAGACUCCUACCAUCAAAGGCAAGCUUUCGCUUCGCGCCUCAUGCACUGGCAUGAUCAUGAUGGAUGAUGUCGAGAUCCCAGUAUCCAAUAUGCUUCCUCUUGUCAAGGGGCUUAAGGCAUGUACUGGACCUUUUGGAUGUCUUAACAAUGCUCGUUUCGGAAUUGCAUGGGGUGCUCUUGGAGCUGCCGAGUCCUGUGUUGAAAGUGCUCGCGAGUAUGUUUUGAACAGAAAGCAAUUUGGAGUUCCUUUGGCCCGUUUCCAGCUUAUUCAAAAGAAACUUGCCGAUGCUGUCAGCGAGAUUGGUCUUGCCACCAUGGCUGCAUACCAAGUUGGACGACUCAAGGAUCAAGACAAGGCUGCUCCCGAAAUGAUCUCCACUGUUAAGCGUAACAGCUGUGGAAAGGCGCUUGCCAUUGCUCGUGACUGCCGUGAUAUGCUGGGUGGAAAUGGUAUAUCUGAUGAAUACCACAUCAUUCGUCACGCCAUGAACCUUGAAUCUGUCAACACAUAUGAAGGUACCCAUGACGUCCAUGCUCUCAUUAUUGGCCGCGCCAUCACUGGAAUUCCCGCCUUUGGAGUCGAGAAAUAG